AUGGAUGUCAUUGGGACAAUUGAGCCAAAGGCUUUAAACAGGCAUAGAUUCAUAUUGGUUGCCAUCGCCUACUUGACAAAGUGGGUUGAAGCAAUUACUCUUAAAGCUGUCACUAAGAAAGCAGUGGUAGAAUUCGUGCACUCUAAUAUCAUCUGCCUUUUUGGUAUUCCUGCAACUAUCAUUAAGGAUAAUGCUGCAAAAUUGAACACCCAUUUGAUGAGGCAGAUAUGCGAACAAUUCAAGAUAACGCAUCGGAACUUUACCCUUUAUCGGCCCAAAGCUAAUGAUGUCAUUGAGGCAACAAACAAGAACAUCAAGAAGAUUCUGAGAAAGAUGAUCAAAAGUUCCAGGAAAUGGAAUGAAAAGUUACCAUUUGCAUUAUUGGAAUAUCGCACAACUGAAGCAAAAGGAAAGUUCGCUCCCAACUGGAAACGCCCGUACAAUAUAAGAAAGUUGUUGCCAAAAGGGGCAUUGUACUUGGGUGACAUCGAAAGAAAUGAUUCUGAAACAGCAGUAAAUGCAAACGCAGUCAAAAGGAAUGAUCCAGGAGCAAUCGGGGGCGGAAUGUGUAAAAUUAGAGCCAAAACAGACGAAAACAGAGAAAGGGCAUAUUUCACCACCACAGGUGGCGCCCAGCCCUACCUAUGGCGCCAGAAACAGAAUCAAAAUAUUACAGCGCCGUGGAGGGCACCUGGUGCGAGCCAGGGCGCCAGUGACAUGAACGUUCUCCAAAUUCUCCCGGGACAUGGUUAUUUCGGCGCUAGACCUACCCAACACGUAUAA